GUGUUCCAAUGCAGUGUUGACAAGCAAACCUAUGGAUAGACCAUUUUUUCUCAGACAUGCGCGAUGUAAUGUAAGGUUACUCGUGCAAUAUUGUAGGUCCGGAAAAAAGCAGCUCAAUCCAUUAUGUAGUUAUGAACUAUAUCAUCAGUAUUUCUUAAUUUGACUUAUAAACAGUUGAAUCAAAUCCAAAAUUACAUCUGAUGUCAAGAUGUAUCGUGCAGUUCAAAAGGGUCAGUCACAAGAAGAAAAUAUCAACAGUAGAUUUGAUAGGAAUCACUUCCAAGGACAUGCAGCUACUAGGAAUAUGAUGCCAAUGUCAAUUUCAAAACAAUUGAAAAAGUCAUGGCUUACAGCUCUAAUAGGAUCCAUCAUGCUUGCUUGUGGAAUGUGUUUCUUGUUCUGGAAUGAGGGAAAAGCUGUGAGGAUAGCAUAUUCCUUAGAUGAGGCUCUACGCAAUGUAGUAGUACUUUCUAAUCCAAUGAUACUUGCUCCUGAACAUGAGGGCUCUUUGGUACAUCUGUCAGGACCCUUGCAAGUCUUAGAACCAUUGACUGAAUCUGAUUAUGGAGUUGUUAUGUCUUGUGUAAAAUUAAAAAGGAGAGUUCAAAUGUAUCAGUGGAUUGAAAUCGAAGAAGAGCAAAGUUUUGAUGGGAUAGUGGAAGAUGGAAAGCGUUAUUAUUACACAACAGAAUGGAAGGACAAGCUUGUAGACUCGGAUCAUUUUUAUAUUCGCACUGGUCAUCAAAAUCCGAAAGAGAUUCCGAUCAAAAGCCAAAUACAGAUUGCAGAUGAAGUGAAGAUUGGUGCUUUCACACUCGGUACGGAGUUGAAAGAGAAGUUCAACAACUUCAUGGAAAUCACCAGUGAUGAGAGACCAGAGCGAAAAGACAUCAAGAUGCAUUCUGGAUUAUACUAUCACAGUGCUAAUUUGUGGGAUCCACAAGUAGGUGACAUUAGAAUACAAUUUUCUUAUGCUGGAAAAAGUGGAGAUGUUUACUCGGUAAUCGGUCUGUUAGAAAAGAACACAAUUAAACCGUAUUAUACAACUCACGGCGAGGAGAUCUUACUUCAACAAAGGUACAAAAUGUCGGUAAAGGACAUGCUUCACCUCGAACAUGUCAAUAAUUAUUGGCGAACGUGGCUUUUCAGAGGAUUUGGGUGGUUGGUACUAUUUGUAGCAGCGACGUGCUUAGCAAAUAUAUUGCAAACAAUUAUAUUAAAUUCAACUUUUCUUUGUGGUAUAAUACCAAUGGAAUCUUUGACAAUGUCGGUUUCUGUGUCUAUUAGUUUAUUGGUCAUUGGUUUCGCUUGGGUGUGGUAUCGACCAAUGAUCGGUUUCUGCUUAGCACUAACGUCUAUUCUACCUUUCAUUGUAAAGGUAAUUACGAAAUCAGGAUCUUCAUCUCAGCAACGUAAUACCUACACAAGGCUGUAGGUAUUAAAAGAGAAAAAAGGAAAAACUCGAUAGUCUUUGACUUUGUUGUAUAUUACCGACUUACUAUCUUUAAAAUGCUUAUUUAAUUAAAACUAAAA